CGGCGCCACGCAAAAUACGGAAAUGAUCUCUGUUGGCUGUGGCUAAGAUGGCUGAGUAGUGAAGGAACUCGGGGUUUGAAUUAAAACACAGAGGAACUGAUUCGUUUAUUUGCAGAGACAGUGAAGGAGCAGGGCAGUGUAGCGGUGUAGCCGUGUCCGAGGUGUGCUUCUUACACAGCACCGGAUCACCAUGUCCCUGUUCCAGUCGGCUCUGGGCUUUCUGGCCGGUACCGGUUCCGGAGCCGCGAGCCGGGACCAGCACGACUUCGUGGGUCAGGUGGUGGAGCUCGGGGACACUAAACUCCGCAUCAGGAGGGUCAUCGCUGAGGGUGGCUAUGCUUUUGUGUAUGAAGCUCAGGACCUGGGGAAUGGUAGAGACUAUGCUCUGAAGAGACUCUUGUCCAAUGAAGAGGAGAAGAACAAAGCCAUCAUCCAGGAAGUGUGCUUCAUGAAAAAGCUGUCUGGUCACCCCAACGUGGUUCAGUUCUGCUCCGCAGCAUCCAUCAGUAAAGAGGAGUCUGACACGGGUCAGGCCGAAUUCCUCAUCCUGACUGAGCUGUGUAAAGGUCAGCUGGUGGACUUUGUGAAGAAGGUGGAGCUGAAAGGAGCUAUGUCAUGUGACACGGUGCUGAAGAUCUUCUACCAAUCAUGUCGCGCUGUUCAGCACAUGCACAAACAGAAGCCACCAAUCAUACACCGGGACCUGAAGAUUGAGAAUCUGUUGAUCAGCCAGCAGGGGACGAUAAAGCUGUGUGACUUCGGCAGCGCCACCUCCGUCACCCACUACCCCGACUACAGCUGGAGCGCACACAAGAGGUCCAUGGUGGAGGACGAGAUCACCAGAAACACGACGCCAGCGUACAGGACCCCGGAGAUGAUAGAUCUCUAUUCCAACUUCCCCAUCAAUGAGAAACAGGACAUAUGGGCUCUGGGCUGUAUCCUGUACCUGCUGUGUUUUAAGCAGCACCCGUUUGAGGACGGAGCGAAGCUCAGCAUCGUUAACGGCAAAUACAACAUUCCAGAGAACGAGAGCCGCUACACCGUCUUCCACCAGCUCAUCCGCUGCAUGUUGAAGGUGAACCCUGAGGAACGCCUGUCCAUCAAUGAGCUGGUCAAUCAGCUGCAGGAGAUUGCAGCUGCCCGUAACGUCAACCCUAAAUCUCCUGUCACUGAGCUGCUGGAACAGAACGGAGGAUUCGGCAGCAACGCAGCACCGCCGCUCACACACACCAACAACACACACCCUGCAGGUGUGUAUGGCGCUGACCCUGACCAGGGGAUGGGAGGCUUCCUGGACAUCCUUAAAGGAGGAACAGAGCGAUUCCUCACCAACAUCAAAGACACGUCCUCUAAAGUCAUUCAGUCUGUGGCCAGCUAUGCUAAAGGAGAUCUGGACGUGUCCUACAUCACCUCCAGGAUAGCAGUCAUGUCAUUCCCAGCUGAAGGGGUGGAGUCAGCUAUUAAGAACAACAUUGAGGAUGUGCGUCUGUAUCUGGACUCUCGGCACGCUGGUCACUACGCUGUGUAUAAUCUGUCCAGACGCUCCUACAGACCGGCUCGCUUCCACAACCGGGUGUGGGAGUGUGGCUGGCAGGUGCGGCGUGCUCCCACUCUGACCAGUCUGUACAGCGUGUGUAAGAACAUGCACCAGUGGCUCAAACAGGACCAGAGGAACGUCUGCAUCGUACACUGCUUAGACGGGAGAGCAGUGUCGGCUGUAGCAGUGUGUUCGUUCCUGUGUUUCUGUCGUCUCUUCUCCACAGCUGAGGCUGCAGUCUACAUGUUUAGCAUGAAACGCUGUCCACCGGGUAUCACACCCUCACACAAGAGGUAUAUUGAGUACAUGUGUGACAUGAUGGCAGAGGAGCCCAUAAUCCCCCACAGCAAGCCCAUAAUGCUCCACUCAAUCGUCAUGACGCCCGUGCCUCUCUUCAACAAGCAGAGGAACGGCUGCCGGCCCUUCUGUGAGGUGUACGUAGGGGACGAGAGAGUGGCCACUACCUCACAGGAAUAUGACCGGAUGAGGGAUUUUAAGAUGGAGGAUGGCAGAGCUGAGAUUCCCCUCAAUGUGUUGGUGCAAGGAGACGUGCUGAUUGUCAUCUACCACGCACGUGCCACACUGGGAGGACGCCUUCAGGCCAAGAUGGCCUCCAUGAAGAUGUUCCAGAUCCAGUUUCACACCGGCUUUGUUCCUCGAAAUGCCACAACCGUCAAAUUCGCCAAGUAUGAUCUGGACGCAUGUGACAUCCAGGAGAAAUACCCCGACCUCUUCCAGGUGAACCUGGACAUAGAGGUGGAGCCUCGUGAUCGCCCCGCCCACAAAACUCCGCCCUGGGAGAACUUCUCCACUAAAGGCCUCAAUCCCAAGAUUCUGUUCUCCAGCCGAGACGAGCAGCAGGAUAUCCUGGCCAAGUUCGGGAAGCCAGAACUUCCUCGGCAGCCCGGUUCUACAGCGUUCUAUGACUCGGGCUGUACAGAGCCGGACCACGCUCCUGAGGACCGGACCGCAGACUCUCCGUCACCGCCCAGCACCAGCACAGACUCCAACGCUAACAACUUCUUCCAGACACUGGACUGGGAGGACAUGAGCGGGCAGCACCAUCACUCGGACGGUGUGUCUGGAGCACUGGACGAGCCGGAUGAUCUGAGUGGCGGCGAAUCGGGCGAGGAAUCGGUCUCCUACUCCACACCUGCAGAGGGAACCAUGUCGCGUGAUGCCAGCGAACCUCUGUUUGAGGCGGAGUUCGUGACCUCCGACCCCCAACCGGACACUGAGGAUCUGCUGGGCCUCAACUCUGACCCCUGUCCUCUGGCCGUCGCUCCGGAAACAGAAAUGAAGACUUGCUCCAGUAACAGCGAUUUGCUGAAUGACCUGUUUGGCUCUGCCCCUGGCCCCUCCCACACAGGGGACACAGAGGAUCUGUUUUUCAACAACAGUCAACAGUCAAGUCAACCUUCAGCUGCCCCCACUUCUACUGCCCCCACUUCUACUGCCUCCACUUCUACUGCCCCCAAAGUGAAUGACCUGUUUGACCCGUUUGGUGUGGGGUCAGGGGUCACAGGUGGAUCAGACCUCUUCGGUGACCUGCUCGGGUCAGAGGGCAGUGGUUUCAAAGCUCCGCCUCCUGCCACUAACUCCAGUCUCUUCAACCUCAAUAAGCUCACGGGGGAUGUGCCCAAGAUGACAUCAUCAGCGAGCCAGCCUGAUUUAUUGGGUGGCUGGGACAGCUGGACCACUGGAACGUCCAGCACUGCAGCUAGCAUGUCUGCUAAUGCUAAAAAACCCGCCUUCACUGCUUCAGGUGUGUCCUCAUCCUUCUCAAAGGCCAAGUCUCAGAGCUUUGACCCCUUCGCUGACCUCGGGAACCUGGGCACCACUCUGCCAGGUUCCUCCAGCAGCGGGUUCUCAGGUUCUGGAUUUAAAGCAGUGCCCCCUGCUGGAACACCAAAGAGCUCGGGUCAGUCAUGGCAGCAGCAGCAGCAGCAGGCUUCAUCUCGACCUGCUAAUAAACCCUGGGUUCCUCCGAGCUCUGCCCCUAAAACCAGCAGCACCCAGUCAGCAAAACCCAACUACAACCUCAACUUCAGUGUGAUUGGAGGACGAGAGGAGCGAGGACUCAGGGGGCCGGGAUUCGGUCCCAAGCCCAAAGUGAAGGAGGAUGAUUUUGAAGAUUUGUUAUCCAAUCAGGGAUUCAGCUACAAACCCGAUAAAAAGGGAGGGCCUCGCACCAUCGCUGAGAUGAGGAAACAGGAAAUGAGCAGAGAUAUGGAUCCACUCAAACUACAGAUUUUGGACUGGAUUGAGGGGAAGGAGAGGAACAUCCGCGCUCUGCUCUCCACGUUACACACGGUGCUGUGGGAGGGAGAGACACGCUGGAAACCCGUCGGCAUGGCCGACCUGCUCACACCUGACCAGGUGAAGAAGUUCUACAGGAAAGCAGCCCUCAUCGUCCAUCCUGACAAGGCGGCGGGGAAGCCGUACGAGCAGUACGCCAAGAUGAUCUUCAUGGAGCUGAAUGACGCCUGGUCCGAGUUCGAGAACCAAGGUUCUAAAGCGCUGUUCUGAGUGACACUACCACACACACUCCUCCCUCUCGGGAAUCAGCCAGAGAGAUGGAGAGAGAGAAGGAGAGAUGAAGAGAUAGAAGGAGAGUUGGAGAGGAGCUGCUUCUUCACCCAGAAACCUGCUACAGAGAGAAACAAACACACGUCUCUGUAACUCAACAUGCCUUUAAACAGCAGACAGACAGGUGGCACAGCGGACCUGUCUGUCUCUCAGUGAAAGGACACACACACAGUUCUCACCUGCUCUCACACUGUGUGUGUGUGUGGUGUGUGUGUGUGGUGUGUGUGUGUGGUGUGUGUGUGGUGUGUGUGUGUGUAAGGGAACAGUAAAAGAAAUGAGUCACUUAAUGGUUUUUUUUUUAAUCUUGGUGUUCUGUCAUCUUUUUUCUGUUAUUUAUGUUACUCAUUACAUUAUCACCGAUCGAUAUAUCGUCUAGUGUGUGUGUGUGUGUGUGUGUGUGUGUCGCUGUGUGUGUGUGUGUCGCUGUGUGUGAGCUGAAUGUUUAUGAACAGCUUCUUAGUCCUAUUUAUUUGUUUGUGAGACUGGACACACAGGAGGCUGAUGUCACACACCUGAUGGAGAGAAACAACACAGUGAAGUGUGUGUGUGUGUGUGUGUGUGUGUGUGUGUGGGUGUGGGUGUGGGGCUACAACCAUUCCAAAGCAUCUCCAGAUGUGAAUGUGCUUUAUAGUCAAUUUCCUCUCAGCUGGAAUGUACCAUGACUUUUACUUACCUCUUCUUCCUCUUAUUAUUAUUAUUAUUAUUAUUAUUUUCCAGGGACGCAGCGAUGAUCCGAGGUCUGAGAAAUAAAAAAAACGUGGACUAAAUUAGAGAAGACGUCCAGCCUUCUGCUCUGGUCCACUGUGUUUGAUUAAUUAAUGGUUAAUAAUCAUUCCUAUCCAUUACCAGCAAGCUGUCUGUCCGGGCAGGAGUACACCGUCUGUCCACUUCACACCUCAGAGCUCUGAUCCUGCUGCGUCCUGCGGCUCUUAAUUUUCCCCCUCAAAAUGACCAAAUGUAUAUUAGCCUGUAUAUCACAUGACGACGUGUGUGUGUGUGAGAGAGAGAGAGAGAGUGUGUAAAUGAAGCUUUUGAUUAUGGUCAUGAAAUUCUCAUUUAGCCAGUUUAUUGACCAGUAACUGAUUUAGAGAGUGUAGCUCACUGGGUGGAGCGGAGUUCAGGAGAAAAAGCCGUGAUGCUGAAGGACUUGUGCAGUAUUAGUGGUGUUGCUGAGGAGGAGACACUGACGUGUGUGUGUGUUAGGUCAGUUAGAGCUCAGUGUCAGUGCUGCGGUCAGAGCGGACACACACGGGCUGAAACACUCUGGAUUACGAAGCUUGAAGCUUUCACAUGUAUCUGUGUUUGAAGUCAGUAUCUAACCAGCAGGGACAGUCAGCUCUCCCACCAUCACCAGUCACACCAGUACCUGUUAUGUCCUGUCCACUGUGCUAGCUGACCUCCUCUCAGCACAGACUGGAUUAGUAAUGAGUUACGUUAAUGCACUCAUCAUCUAUAAACAAUGAUUUAAGGAGAAAUGGAAUGUUCCAUUGCAAGCUUGAUAGGGGUGUGUGCCUGCUGGUUAGCGUGAAUCUUCAGAUUGAAAGGAAAUGGACGAUCUGAUCACAUCACUGAACGUGAGGAUGAUGAUGAUGAUGAUGAUGAUGAUGAUGAUUGUGUCUCAGUGCUCAUCAGUGUGCUCUGGUUCCUAAUCCUUCCAUCAUGUGGAGGAAGAGAACUCUAUCUGUAAAAUAAUGCUCUAUUUUGCUAAAGGACACGCCUCUUUAUUUUUUAGUUUCUUCCACAGAUGUUAAGAUCAUCCAGGGCCUUAAACCCGACUCUCCUGUUAUUUUUAUCUUAAAUCAGUCUUACUAAAGCGUCUGAUCGACAUGAUUCACCUGUUCUUCUUCUUUUUCGGACUGUAUGGAAAAAUAAACCAGAAUGGAGACGUUC